CGAGAUUCAUCUGACUAUAUAAUUCGUUGAGUUAAUGUGAAGCACGGAUAUAUUAACGUACAUUUAAGGCAGGUCGUCAGGUUUCGCCAUACUCGCCAGUUAGUUUUACUAACGUUUUAAAGUUCUGAAUUUUGACCUCUAAAGCUAUGGUUAAAAUCGGCGUAAUUGGAGCAGGAGUGAUCGGGUUGUCGUCUGCAUUGCGCGUGCUCGAGCGGUUUCCAAACGCUGAUGUCACUGUGAUCGCGGCCCAAUUCUCGCCUGACACAACAACCAACGUAUCAGGAGGUUUCUGGGAGCCUCACCUUCUGGGAGAGACACCCGAGAGCGAUAUCAGAGUAUGGAGCGGAAAGACGUUCGAGCACAUGCAGGGUUUGGCCGACAGUGAACAUGCGCGGGCCACCGGGGCAACCAUGGUUUCCGGUUACAGAAUGACUGAGGCUGAAGAACCGGUGCCAUUUUGGAAAGAUCUAGUUUUGAACUUCCGGGAGAUGACUGAAGACGAACUCAAACCUUACCACCCUAUGACGAAAGGCUCUUUUUUCACCACUGUGAUGCUAGACCCCGCACUCUACCUGCAGUGGCUGAAAACAAGGUUUCAGGAACGCGGUGGGCGUCUACUGCAGCGACGUCUGAGCAGUUUACACGAGUUGUUGUCUGACGCGUAUGACGUCAUUAUCAACUGUACCGGAACAGGUGCGCGGGAGUUGCUAGGUGACGACAAGGUGCAGGCGGUGCGAGGUCAGGUCAUGAGGGUAUAUGCACCUUGGCUGAAAAUGCAUAUCUCGUUCGAAUUCGCCGAUGGGACCGAGGGAUAUGUGCUGCCGGGAAUGAACUACGUGGUGCUAGGCGGUACGCGCCAGGUCGGGGACUGGGACACGCGGGUACGGGCAGUUGAUCGGGACCACAUCUGGGGCAUAUGUACCAAGUAUAUGCCUAGCUUGAAGUCGGCGGAAGUGCAGAGUGAUCACGUGGGGUUGAGGCCCAGCCGGACCUCGGUGCGUCUCGAGCUCGAGCGCGUGGCGAUGGGCGGGAAACACGUGCCUGUGAUCCACAACUACGGUCAUGGCGGUGGCGGGGUAACGCUUCACUGGGGCUGUGCAGACCACGUGGUCUCUCUCGUCAGUCAAGUGAUACCGGCAAACAGCCGGUCGCAGGCAAAGUUGUGACCAGGAUGUGACAUUGUUUAUGUAUUUACUGUCGUCGGAAAUAACCGCUAGCCUGACCUAUUGUAUUGGUAUUGCCAACAUUAAACUCAUUCAGUAUUACCAUUUGAGUUUUAUAUCAAUUUUGUUUCAUUUACUAAAUGUAAACUUUAACAUAUAAAAAAAAGAAUUUUGAUGGAGAUUUUGAGAAUUCCUUUUAUUAUAUAUCCUUACUACGAUGGAAAAUAACUCUCAAAUCUUAAAAUAAAGUUUAGAAAAAAGUA